CAGAAACACGUGCCAAGGCGAGCAGGUGGUUUGAUUUACAGCCCUUUAUGGCCCCAAGCCGUGUCUCAGACGCAGCAUGGCGAUCAAAGCAUCACCAACUCGCGAUCAGCCCCACGCUCCUGUGCAACAUCGGCUUAGAUCGCACCUUGGCGCUGCCUGACCGCUCCGGCACGCUUGGGGAUGCGUGCCUGGUGCUGGGCGUUAAAGCGUGCUCGAUCUCAGGAAAACGGAGUGUCUUGAUCGUUUGACGGUGGAGCUCUCAAUGGCAGGUUCAUGGGUGUGAGGCAGAUCGGCCACCUACACCGCAGAAACGUGUGCCGUGACAUCGAUGUGAUCAAGUCGCUGCUACUGGGCCUUGAGCGCGCAGAUUGCCUGCAGCUCACGAGCGAUUACCCGGCUGUGAGUUACCGCGGCAUACGGCUGUACCACAGCGCUCGUCCCUUCAGCCCGCCACCGAGCACAAGCCUUGGAUGCGUACCAACGUUGCGGCACAGGGAAUCACCGCUGAGCUGCGACACCUCAUGGGCGUACAUUUACAAAUGUCCUGGUCAACCACCUUCUGCAAUGGCAAACGUGCCAGUCCUGAGAGCAAUUCUACGAAUGAAUGCGUAUUAGCAGUACCUCACGCUGUACGCUUUUACCUAUGCUGCGGUUCAAAGCUUUUAAACAUUCCCGGCAACGAAGCUAGGCACCAUGCACGUCACCGUUUCAUUCGAACAUUAAAUAACU